AUGAAAGGAUUCCGGACCCGAAACGACACCGAUGGGGACCGGUCGCGGCAGAGCCCAGCUCCGGGGCGGGCCUCCGAGGACCACCUGGCGGAUGAACACACACGGCUCCUGCCGAACCGAGUGGACAGCACCCCGUAUCUCUCUCCCGACGACCCGGCUGUGUCACCGUACAAUCUCUGGACCGUCCGCUUCGUGCGCUGGGUCACUGUCGCACUUGCCGGCGUCAGCUUCGUGUGGUGGGUGCUGAUGAUCGUCGCCGUGUUCAUCACGCCGACGGGUCUGCACGUCCGCGGCUCUCCCUUUUUCUCGUUCGCCUACGCCACGAUCGCGUUUCUUACUCUCGUCGUCUCACUGCUGUUUUUCUCGACCCCUAGCAAGCUGGCAAGGAUGCUCAGCAUCAUCAACGCACUUGCGCUGCUUGUCCAUCUUGUCAUCAUACUGGCAGUUCCUGGGCUGCGCCACGCAGAGAUCUGGGCCGGAAUCGCCAGUGUCGCCUGGGCAUCGCUGAUGGCGAUCUGGUUCGUGGCCGCUGAUCGUACGGUACAGUGGGGUAAGGCGGAGGAAGAAGAGCGCUUGACCGGACGCUCGGAGACCAGGCGCACAUUGCUGGAAUGGCUGGCGGUCACGCUGUCGACCAUCGCGCUGGUCAUCAUAACACUGGCCGUGGUAUUGAUGACCUGCACCCUGACGCUGCGAGCUAUCGACUCCAGCCUCGACUCACCGGGAGAACGGUAUUGGGUGGACGGUAACAGGUACCAAAUCCACCUGUACUGCUUCGGCAACAAGACCGACGAGAAGGGUGGCAAGACGACGACCGUGCUGCUGGAAGGGGGCGAAGACACUGUGGAGCGCGGCUUGUGGCAGUUUGCUGAAAACGCUGUGAAGAACGGCUCGAUUCACAGGUUUUGCUUUGCCGACCGUCCGGGGAUGGCCUGGAGCGACACAGCUCCGUCGCCAUUCUCCGCAAGCUUCGCUUCUGACGCGCUUAGCGAAGCACUAUCCAGAGCUGGAGAAGAUGGACCAUGGGUACUGGCUAGCGCAGGUAUCGGUUCUCUGUACUCGCGAGUGUUCGGUUCCCGUCACGGUGAGCAGGUACAUGGCAUUCUCAUGAUCGACCCGCUGCAUGAAGACUUGCUCUCGCGCAUCGGGGCCCCAGGACGCGGCUUUCUGCUCUGGAUCCGCGGGGUCAUCUCGCCGUGCGGAAUAGACCGGAUCUCGGGGGCCAUAUUCAGGGGUAGGCGGGCCGUGGACCGGGUCUGGGGACGUUCCUCGUAUCAGUCGGGGACGACCAUUUUCGCUAAGCUCCAAGAGAGCUUAGUGGCCGACUCGCUCACGAAGCGGGACGUGGUGUCCAGCCGGGCUAUACAGGACAAGGAUACGCCGCUGGUGGUGAUCAGCUCGGGCGACAUGAUUCGUAAAGAUACCGACUGGGAGGACAAGCAACGAGAUCUUAGCCAUCUCACCAAGAACCUGCAAGAUUGGGACAUUGUGGAUGGCGCUCCUCAUCGCGUUUGGGAUACACUGAGCGGGCGAGAGGUCAUCGAGAAGAGGCUGAGGAAGCUGGUGAGGUCUUCGAAGACGUCGGAGGUCUGA